AUGGCGAGCCUGGUUCUCCUGGUGAUGAUGGCUACACUGGUGACAGUGACGUCCAGCAAAGAUUGUCUGGAGGGGACUGGCCUGUCCUACCGUGGUUCAAUAAACGUCACGUGGUCUGGGCAGAGCUGCCUCCCCUGGGAUACCGCGGAUGUGGAAGACUGCGGCUUCAGCAGUUUGAGAUUUCCUCUGGCGGACCUGGACAGCAACUACUGUAGGAACCCGGAUGGAGACUACCUACCGUGGUGCUUCUACGAGGAGCCUAGCGGCAUUGCCCUGAACUGCACCAACUGGCACUACUGCGCUAUACCGCCUUGCUCCGACUGCCGGACGGGUAAAGGCAUGUCAUACCGCGGGACGAUCUCAGUGACCAGGUCGGGACGGACGUGUCAGGCCUGGAGCAGUCAGUCCCCGCAUCCACACGAGUACCCCCCGGAACUCUUCCCAACAUCCGGACUGGACGAAAACUACUGCCGGAAUCCGGACGGUCAGUUUGAACAGCCCUGGUGUAUCACCAUGGACCCGGACCACUUAGCUGAGUACUGUUCCGUGCCCCUUUGUGAAGCUACCACCACCGCACCUGGUAACAACCAACAAACGACUUUCACAUCACCCUUUGUCUCCUCAACAACCGAACAACCAACAACAGCGACACGAAAAACAAGCCACGUCCCCAGGACAAGUAACAAUGUAACGAAAGAUGUAGUGCUGACUGGACGUAAUACUAGUACUACUUAUAACACUGUGACUCCUAUAACUGUGACAAGAUCUAGCAUGCCCGCAGUACCGACUACUGACAAUACCACUGACAGUUUAGUUAAUACUAGUAGUACUAAUAGUACAUUGACUCCAACUGUGACUGUGACUGUAACUAGCAUGCCGACGUCCGACAGUACUACUUACAGUCCCGUUAAUACUAGUAGUACUAAUGACACUGCGACUCAUACAACAGUGACGACACCUACCAUGAACACAGUACCUACUACUGACAUUACUACUUAUAACACUGAGACUUCUAUGACAGUGACGGUACAAACCACUGACAGAAGAAGCAACACAACCCUACAACAAACCCCUGACAGGACAAGCAACACAAUCCUACAACAAACCACUGACAGACCAUUACAACAAACCACUGACAGAACAAGCAACACAACCCUACAACCAACCACUGACAGACCAUUACAACAAACCACUGACAGAACAAGCAACACAACCCUACAACCAACCACUGACAGACCAUUACAACAAACCACUGACAGAACAAGUAACACAACCCUACAACAAACUACUGACAGAACAAGUAACACAACCCUACAACAAAGCACUGACAGAACAAGUAACACAACCCUACAACAAACUACUGACAGAACAAGUAACACAACCCUACAACAAAGCACUGACAGAACAAGUAACAAAACCCUACAACAAACUACUGACAGAACAAGCAACACAACAUUACAACAAACCACUGACAGAACAAGCAACACAACAUUACAACCAACCCCUGACAGAACAAGCAACACAACCCUACAACAAACCACUGACAGAACAAGCAACACGACACUACAACAAACCACUGACAGAACAAGCAACACAACCCUACAAACUACUGACAGAACAAGCAACACAAUCCCAGAACAAACCACUGACAGAACAAGCAACACGACCCUACAACAAACCAAUGACAGAACAAGCAACACAACAUUACAACAAACCAAUGACAGAACAAGUAACGCAACCCUACAACAAACCAAUGACAGAACAAGCAACGCAACCCUACGAACUACUGACAGAACAAGCAACACAACCCUACAACAAACCACUGACAGAACAAGCAACACAACCCUACAACAAACCACUGACAGAACAAGCAACACAACCCUACAACAAACCACUGACAGAACAAGCAACACAACCCUACAACAAACCACUGACAGAACAAGCAACACAACCCUACAGCAAACUACUGACAGAACAAGCAAUACAACAUUACAACCAACCACUGACAGCACAUUACAACAAACCACUGACAGAACAAGCGACACAACCCUAGAACAAACCACUGACAGAACAGGAAAUGCAACCCUACAACAAACCACUGCCAGAGCAAGCAACACAACCCCACAACAAACCAGUAACAGAACAAGCAUCACAACAGUAGACAGGAAUGACAACAGAGUUACGACCGUUGGAACCGAGAGUACACACAGACCUGCUAUGAUCAAUUCUACGGAAAUCAUUACUACAUUCAUGACAUUGACAGACAAUGGCACAUACACAUCAGACAAUACAGUUCCUUACAUCGCAAAGACGACAUACGCUCUUUCAACGAACACCGAGGACACUUCAUCAGCAACAGUCGCAGAUAACAUCACCACGACAUCGCUAAUGUCUUCUGUUGACAACUCCACAGCUAUAACCAAACCAACCCAUACUACCCCUGCCUCGCCCAUAGCCUCCUAUACUUCACCGUCUAUGACAAUUUAUCGAGUGACCAGUCAAACUGGUACACCUCCUACUGCCAGUCAACCUGGCACUGCAUCUAUGUUUAUAUCCAACAGGACCAGUGGCAAUGUGACGUUAAAAGACUUUACAUCGACAAGGACCGAAUCUAUAGCAAUCAUUGACAAUACCACAACAGCUACAGCCCCAAGUACAUCAAAUAAUCUUACCGAGAUGUCCACAACAGCCCCAGUCAUGGGAGAAAAUGCAACAAUGUACAACGGCACAAAUGUCGAUGUAACACUACAACCAUCUACAUAUUGGAAUCACACAUUCACAUCAGCUGUAUUAAAUACAACCAGUAGUAGCGCCACGUCACGAAAUUUCUCAGCACAUAAUCACACGUCCUUUACAACAACGACAACGCUCUCUACAACGGGUAAUUAUAGCAACACCACAUCAGCUACAACCAACGUGAGUGUCGCUUCUUAUACUUACACAUCUAUAGCACCAGUGACAACAUCAAAUACAACCAAUAGCAAGGUUUCAUUGCAGACAGAAAAUUAUACUUCCAUAUCACCAGUGCCUACACUUAACAUGAACAGUUACAAUAUAACAUCACAAACAGUUACGCCAUCUACAUACGAGACCACAUUCAAUGCUUUGGGCAGCAGCAACGCAUCACAUACAGCGGCUACACAUACGGUUACGCCCACCAACACACUAAGCACGUACAUAUACGAUACAACCAGGAACAGCACCAAAACCAUUACAACACAACCUUCUACAUUCAAUGUGGACAAUAAUAAUACAACAGUCUUGCAUUCAGCAAUCAACCAGACGCUAGCAUCACCAUUGACAACAUUCAGUACAGCAAGUAAAAGUAGCAAACCAACAACUGAUGCAUUCUUUACAACAGACUACACUUUAAUAACAGCAGAUGGUAACGUCACCAGUGACAGUAACACAGCGUAUACACCUACACCUUCUUUUAGUAAACACACUCGUAGAUCCAAUACAACGGUUCCCUUUACACCUAAUGAUACUUCUAUGUUAAACAUAUCCAGUAACAACGAAACUUUAUAUACAACCACUGCCAAUACUUCCUAUUACAGCUCUACAAUCAACACAAUUGGUCACAAUGCCACGUCUUACACAAAUAGUCCUCCCAGCCAUACUUCCAAAUCCAGUAGUAUCGAACCAACAUUAGAUACAACCACACUUCCUACACCGAAUUUCACUUCAAAAUUCACCACAACCAGUGACAACGCCACAUUACAUACAGCUACAUCAACUGUCGACAGGCACAGUAGUAAGCACGUCACACCACGUGCAUCCACUCUUCUCGCUGUCGUUCAUACUUCCAUUGUUGAUGCAACCAGUAACAACGCUACAAUACAUACAACAACUCCUCGUGACAGUUACACCUCUAUAUUCAACACAACCAUCAGCAAACCUAGCCAACAAAACGACUGUUACAGACACUUACACAUCUACAUCAAAUACAACAAGUAA